AUGUCUUCUCAGUUAUCAUUCCUAAUCAAUUCAACAGUAAAGAUUGACUGUAUCAUUCUUCUUAAUACUCCUGUUGGUCCUGGUAUACAGCCCAAUGUCACUUGGUAUCAUAACAUGACUGAUAUUACACACUAUAGUUCAUUAAUAAGGGACUUUGACAUUCUCUUUACUUCAAUACUUACUAUUGAUUCAAUACAAGUAUCUGAUGCUGGAGUAUAUCAUUGUAGUGCUGGGAUUGAUUCUAAUGUAACUACUAACAAUAUCAAUGUAUGUGUAACAGUUAGUAAGACACUACCACCAGUAACAGAAGAACUAUCCCUUGGUCAAUAUUAUUCAAUUGAUUGUAUCACUGGACUAGUACCUACUGGAGUAUCAGUAUCCUGGCUACUUACUAAUGGUUCUAUUUAUAGUAACAAUAAUACACUAAUGAUACCAUCAAUACUACCAUCACAUAAUAAUACACAAUAUACUUGUACAAUAAUGAUUGAGACUAAUCCUUCUGACUGUAGUACUCAAGCACAGGUCAUUACUCUUAGAGUGAAAGCUACUUAUAUUAAUUUAGUGACUAUAACACCCUCUUCAAUACUCAAAUUCAUAAACUCUACAGUAGUACUGACCUGUACUAUCAGUCUUAAUACUGGGAUAGGUCCUGAUACAUCAUUCAUUAGUCAUUACUGGUAUCAGUAUAGGACUGAUAUUAGUAAUAGGAGUACACAACUGAUGAUUAAUAAUGACAGUAAGAGUCUAGUAACAACACUGAAUAUUACUAGUGUUCAAUUCUCUGAUGCUGGAGAAUAUCAUUGUGCAGCUAGUAUUAAUACUAGUAAUACUGUUGUGAAUAAUAGAUCACAUCUUUGCAUUCAAGUUCCUGUCAUGAAUAUUUCUUCUGAUACUAAUCUAAGACUAGGAGAUAUUAGAGAGUAUUAUUGUACAUUAGGUCAUAAUUAUUAUAAAUCAGAAGUUGUUGUGUCAUGGCAUGAACAUACAUCUGAUACAUUUAUAAAGACAGUAUUCAUCGCUGUUACUCGCCCAUUAAUUUUAUCAAAUACUUCUCACCAGUUGGAGUGUUAUAUUACUACUAACACUGAUAUUAACACUACUAACACUAAUAUUAGCAGUAUAGUUAAAGUAUCCUGGUAUAGAGACAAUGGUAAUGAGAACAGACUAGUAUCAGACAGUGAAGGAGUAUCUAUACUACCCAUUGUGUCUAUUACUGAUAAAUCAUUUAUUAGUACACUGAGGUUCAGUCCAGUAACAUCAUCAACUCCAGUAUCAACACUUG